AUGUACAUGCAUCACAGAUUUACUGCAUUUCGUGAAGAAGUGUUGGAAAAACUUCUUGGUGCAAAUGACUAUUGGUAUGAAUGGCAACAUAGAGGCUCCGCACACAUCCAUGGUUUCAUUUGGCUACCAAAAGCACCUGGCAUUGGCAAAUUACAAUGGAAUGACAUUCAGUUAGUACAAAAUGCACUUGCAUACAUUGAUAAAUAUGUCUCCGCGUGGAACCCACGAAGUCAUGCAUUGAGAAAUCAAAUGUUCCACCGAUCCAUUGUUGACAACCCUUGCUUGAUGGACACAAGCAUGAUAGUAUCAAGUGAUCCUUUCAUUGACUAUUGUUAUUUGGCCAACCGUGUUCAAAGACAUACAAAAUGUACUAUCCAAACAUGCCUUCGCAGGAAGGGGACAUCUCUUCAAUGUCGUUAUAAAGCCCCUUGGAACAUUACAGAGAAGUCGUCUCUUUCUAAUGAUGAUAAUGGCCAACCUAAGCACACCCCUGCUCGCAAUGAUGACCGCCUAAAUCUUCACAACCCAUUUAUACUCUCAAUAUGGAGGGCCAAUGUAGAUUGCCAACCUGUUCUCUCAAUUGAUGCUGUGAUCAAAUAUAUUGCAAAAUAUGCUGCUAAAGCUGAAAACAAAUCAGAAACAUACCAUGCAAUGUUAUCUCAAAUAUCAACCAACUUUGAGUCUGAUAAACCAGCUCCUAAUGCUUUUCGCAAAAUGCUUCUUGACAACCUUGUGGAUCGUGAUAUAGGUGCCCAAGAAAGUUGCCACCUUCUGCUAAAGCGACCACUCUCCCUUUGUAGUCGAACAUUUUUUUCUUUAAAUGUGAACCAAAAAAAUUUCCAACGUGUACCAAUCACAUCCACAGAAAGAACCACAUAUCCAAACUAUAUUGCAUCUUACAUGGCAAGACCAAUACAUUCAGAGAGAAUGUCUCUUAUCGAAGUAACUCAAAAAUGGUACUUCAACGCAUCAAGAAAGCAUGAUCAAUGGAAAGAGCGAGCCACACUAGUCAUAGUUCGAGUGUCUCCACGAUUCACAACCAUCCCUACAAAGGAAGAAAAAUGUUUUCAAGCAUUUUGUUGGACUGAACUUUUAUUGUACCACCCAUUCCGCAACAUUCAAAUGGAUUUCGGCUCAACGGAUGAUGAAAUUCAAGCACUGUGGGAAAGGUUCUCGCACAAGUACAAGCCAUGGCAUGUACGUCGAACAUAUACAGAAGCCGAUGAAAGAUCUAAUCCUACCACUCCUUCAAGUGACACAGAACAACUGCCAGAAAACAUCCAUAAUGAAUGGCAAGUACUGUCAGUUUCAUACCUAGGACUUCCUCUUCACCUGGAUGAACUUGAUAUGCUUGGCCAACGUGAUAUUGACUUGAAGAAUGACUGGGGAGUACAUCACUUCAGUCCCAAGAAAAAGAAAUUGCUACAAAUUUCAUACACUCCAAUCGCCGAACAUUUCAGCCCCAUCAUUUUGCAAGCACCAUUGAAAAUGAUUGUUCAAGGAACUGCAGGCACAGGAAAGUCACACCUCAUAACAAGCAUAAAAUCAGCACUCAAAAGAUCAGCACCAAAUGGCCAAUCACCAUUAUUGCUCCUUGCACCAACUGGAGUUGCGGCAUUCAAUAUACAAGCAUCAACAAUUCAUUCAGCACUAAGAAUUCCAAUCAAAGAAGUGCACCCUCUACAAGGACAAACAUUGGCAAGCUUCCAAGAAAGCAUGUACUUCAUUCGCUACAUUAUAAUUGAUGAAAUGAGCUUCAUUGGUCCAAGGUUGAUACAACGCAUUGAUAUAAGGUUACGUGAGGCAUUCCCUGCCCAUAACCAGCUCCCAUUUGGAGGACGCUCAAUCAUUCUCUUUGGUGACUUGGGCCAACUACCACCUGUCAAAGACAUUCCUAUGUAUGCUUCAACUUCAUAUGGAGGGACACUAUGGCGUAGCUUCAUAACAAUUAUAACAUUGAAAAAAAUAUUUCGUCAAAUUGGAGAUCAACCUGCACAAAUUGCCUUUCGUGCACUUCUCUCCAAUUUACGAAAUGCAGAACCCACUAUUGCAGAUUGGCAACUUUUACUGUCUCGAGCAAAUUCAACACUUUCCUCUGCAGAGCAAUCUUUAUUCUUAUCAUCCACACACUUAUUUGCAACAAAUGAAAUGGUAUCAUUACAUAACAAACGCAUGUUGCUGUCUUUGGCAAAGCCUAUUGCCCUAUCUACUGCAGAACAACUCAAGGGAAUCACAUGCUCAAAUCCUAAUGAGGAACAACUUGAAUCUAAGAUCCUCUUAUGUAUUGGCCAAGAAGUUAUGUUAUCUGCCAACUUGUGGGUGGAAACAGGACUUGUCAAUGGUGCACUUGGACAAGUCAAAGAAAUUGUAUAUAAUGGUGGUGAAAGACCACCUGAACUCCCCUUAUUUGUUGUUGUUCAAUUCAAAAAAUACAUAGGCCCAGUUUGGGACCAACACAACCCAAAAAAUAUCCCUCUUAUUCCAAUAAGUCAUGGUCUUCAACGUCAAAUACCACUAAAAAUGGCAUGGGCCUUAACAAUUCACAAAUCACAAGGGCUGACACUUCAAAGAGCGACAAUCAACAUCGACAAUACGGAUCGUCAAGGGUUGACAUUCACAGCAAUUUCAAGGGUCCGUGACCUUGCAAGUCUUCGCAUACACCCUCCAUUCACAUUCCAAAGAUAUUCACGUAUACGAAAGAGUCCAUAUGCUGCUCGGGCGGACGCCCUUUGUGAUCGAGAGAUUCCUGCACAACCGAGUUCAGCGGCAGUAUGGAUGACAGCAGGGGAUACCAUAGGAAGCAUGCUUAUAUGCUUGACGGAGGCAGGAUGUGGAGAUGGUGGAGGAGGUGGUCGAGUUCAACAUGGAGAUAGAACAGGGAGAGGAGAUCAGGGGAGGAGAGGAGAUAGAGGUGGAGUUGGUGGGGAUGGAGGGAUACGGGUUGAGAGAGUAGUGCAGCAAGCAGUGGAGGAUAGAGGCAAAGGAGGUUUGGCGAUUGAAGCUGGGGGUGGUUGGCGAGCAGGGGAGGUUAUAGCAACGGUGGGUGGGAUAGAUAAUUUAAGACAACCUACCCAGAGGAGGAGGUCAGAUGUGUUACCCCCACCAGUACCAAGGAUAGGGAGAGGGACAAGAGGUACCACGACACAGGUACCCCUCCAGAUUCGGAUUCCCACUCACCGAGAGGAUGCUCAGAUCAGAUCCUUACAGUUGUCAAUGCAUCAUAUGCAGACACAAUUAUUGGUGCAUCAGCGUCAGAUUACACAACUGACCACAGAGCGUGAUAUAGUGUUGGAGUGCUUGGGUCGAGCAGAGGCUCGAGCAGAUAGUCUGGAGAGAGCGGUGACUGGUGGCUCAAUGAGAGACACUUUGAGGGAGAUGCAGUAUACAACCAAGGAGGCUGAGUACUACUGGCGGCUAUAUGAGGAGUUGGUGCCUAGGGAGCACAGAGCUCCUAGUUUUGCAGCAAUGAGAUCGAGUCAAUCUAGGAAGACCGAUUCGAGGACAGAGAGCAGAGGUGUGACCGAGCUGACUCGUUAG